UUAAAAUGUAAAGAGAAUAUUGAGGACAAAAUGCAAGCUUGGCAAAUUCAUUCAUAUGGUGGUUUAGAAGAGUUAAAACUUUCAACUAUCAGAAUUCCAGUAAUCGCUAGACCAACAGAUAUUCUUGUGAAAGUUGAAGCAUCUAGCGUAAAUCCUAUAGAUAUUGCUAUGACAAGAGGAUAUGGUGCUGUAAUUCUAAAUUUAAAGAGAAAAGCAAGAAAUAUUACUAGUGGACAAUAUGAUGAAUUAGAAUUACCAUUAACUUUAGGAAGAGAUUUUUCAGGUAUAAUAGUUUCGAAAGGACACAGUGUUGGAGAAAAAUUAAAUUUGGGUGAUAAAGUGUGGGGUGUGGUCCCUGUGGAACAACAAGGUUGUCAUGCUGGUUAUGUAGUUGUUGAUAAUACGUUGGUCAGUCCAAGACCUACAAAUUUAUCAUAUAUAGAGUCUGCAAGCAUAUUAUAUGCAGGUCUCACAGCAUGGUCUGCACUGUGGAUUACAGGUGCAUUAUGCUAUAAAACCUCAUUAUCCAUGAGAAGAAGUAACAGAGUUCUUGUAUUAGGUGGUUCAGGAGGUGUAGGAACAUUGGCGAUACAACUUUUAAAAGCUUGGAACAUGCAUGUUAUUACUACGUGCAGUAGUGAUGCUGUAAAUUUAAUACAAAAACUAGGAGCUGAUGUUGUAAUUGAUUAUAAAUUAGAUGAUGUUGAUUCAAAAAUUAUAGCAGAGGGACCUUAUAAUAUAAUUUUGGAUUGCGCUAAUCAGGGACCAGAUCAAAUACGAUUAAAAGGUUACCCUCACUGUACUUAUAUCACUUUGAAUUCUCCAUUACUAAGAAAUACUGAUCAACAUGGAUUGAUUGUGGGUACAGUAAAAAAUGUAGGAGAACUGGUGAAACAUAACAUGUCAAUCAUUGAAAAUAAAAGUACAGUGAAGUGGGGAUUUUUUACACCUUCCAAAACAGGAAUCAAAACACUUAAAGAAUUUGUUGAAAGUGGAAAGGUGGUUCCUGUGGUUAAAAAAGUAUAUCAAUUUCAAGAUUUACCACUAGCAUAUGAUAGAGUAACUCAAGGUCAUUUACGAGGUAAAUUAGUUAUUGAUAUGAAAUAG